UUCAUUUUUAGAAAAUUUCUCAUUUUGCUCUUCAAUUCAUCGUUCUCUCGUUUAGUCAGUCUCUCCUUAAAUUAUCGGAUUUGCAGAAAGUGGGCACUACUUUCCCUUCUCUUCGUCGAUUGUAGUAGAAAUCGACUAUACUUCUCUCUCGGUGGAGUAACAUGGCGGAUGCUUACUGGAGAUACACCAGCGGUGGGCAGCAGCAGGCGGCUCCGGCGGCGCCGGCGUCUCUUGCUCCAUUCGUCGCAAAACGUCCUCGAAGCGAAUACGAUGCUCCAAGUGGUCCUGAAUAUCCUGGCUAUUAUGGCCGUGAUGCUGAAAGGGGAAUGCCUCGAGUCGGGAGAGACGCAGAUCCUAUCGAAGCAUCCUAUGAGCGCUACCUCCGUAGUGGGCAAAUUUCCUCCCAUGUUGCCAGUGAGUCUUCAAGAUCCAUGCAUAGUGGAAUUAGUGGCCAUCCUAUUGACGAUCCACGUGUUAUGGGCAUCGGGGGAUCCGACCAACUAGCUUUUAAAAGCAGGAAUGUUGGAAUGGUAGGUGGCAGACCAGAAGCUACCCUUCCUCCGGAUGCUAGCAGUACGUUGUUUGUAGAGGGUUUGCCUGCGGAUUGUACAAGAAGAGAAGUGUCACAUUUAUUCCGCCCUUUUUUAGGUUACAAAGAAGUUAGGCUGGUACCAAAAGGAUCAAGACAUGCUGGAGGCGAUCCUUUGAUUCUUUGCUUUGUUGAUUUCGUAAGUCCCCUUCAUGCAGCUACUGCAAUGGAUGCCUUACAAGGUGUACAGUAGAGUUACUGAAUAUCAUUCAUGAAGAUUUGGCUAUGAUCGGAGAUCGCCAUUGGCAUGGCAAGAACUGUGAUCCUACAAAUGGUGUGCUUUCAGAAUGUGGCCUACUGGGAUGAAUUCUUCUCUCUUGCUCUCUUUUCGUAUUGCUUAUUUCAUUGAUAGUUGUUCAAGGUACAGUUGCAGUUACUUACACCUACCUACAAAGAGCACAUUCUGGUAAUUAACACACACUUUGUCUUAGUCCUGCAUUGUUUGACAUGGCUUUACUCGGAAAAUUUCUUUACUGCUCUUUAACUCGAGGAUGAAAAAACCUUUUUUGUUUGUUGUUUAUAACACUAUUUGACUAAUAUUUCAAAAUUUUAUCUUUUCCGGAGUGCUACAAAUGAAAAAGUAGUCUUGAAUACCUUGGUUUUGUUUGUGUUUGUCGAGACCUGUUUAUUAUACUUUAGUUUUUAUUGGUUUGUUUAGGACUAAUUUGAGCUGAGAGAAACUUCUAUUCACAUUGCUAUAAUUUAGCCACAUUGUUGUUCUGCAGAUUGAUAGCUUUUGGGGUGGGAUCAACAGAUUGAGCCAACAGUGUUUAUGGUUUAGCUUUUUGAAUGAUUAGUUUUGCAAAUGUUUCUGGAAAACUCAAGUUUCAAUGGAUGAAUCUUUUGCUGGUUUUGACUUGUAUCAUGCUGCAGGCAGAGGCAGAGCUACAAUGUGUAAAUGGGUCGAAAAUAAAUGUACAAUAUAUAUAAUAAAUAUGUUACUUUCGUGUAUGUUCAUUUCUAUA